GUUUUUGUUAUCGAUUAACUUCAACGGAACGAUAACAGUGCUUUUUGUUGUGGUUCUGCGGUUUUUGUCUUUUAAUUAUUCACGCUUCCUUAUCAGCAAGGGUGAUUUAGUCAUCCUCACAUACCGAGCAUGUGGCGUACAUAGUUUCUAGCUGUCAUCAUGCUCCUCCGACUGCCCAUUGUGGCGGCCCGUAGGAUGUUCAUCAUCCUCGUCCUGAUGGCAAUUGCGGGCUUCUUUUACAUCUACAGCUCGGAAAAUAAAUACUACUCAUGCUUCAUUGAGAGCCAAGUACUGGCAACUCAGCAGGCACUAAUUGCAGAUGGCGAAACGAAUCUCUUGGAGGACGUACUCCAGGCUGAUCCGAAGCCCUCGCCCGGAAGCAGUAUCUUCUUUCACGAGACUAGCUGCCGCCUAUCCGAUAACAGGCAGCUGGAGAUGCUGAGAGUCACCGCCCGCCAGGCUUGCGCAAUCGAGUCAGCGGCGAAGCAUAAUCCGAAUUUCCAAGUGUUCGUCCUGUUCGCCGGCCCCACCUAUCGAAUCUCCAACAACAAUAGCCAACCCCAACCAUUGGUGGAGGCCCUUCUCAGCUACAGCAAUGUGCAUCUACGACGACUGAAUCUCGAAAGCUACGCAUCCGGCACGCCGAUGGAGGAGUGGCUCAAAGACGGCCGCCUGUCGCGUUCAAAGUAUUUGUUUUCCCACAUAUCAGAUUUCCUCCGCUAUCUCACCCUCUAUCGGUACGGCGGUCUUUAUCUGGAUAUGGAUGUGGUGGUGCUGCGCAACAUGGAGAAGGUGCCGCCCAAUUACACAGGUGCUGAGUCCAACACCCAUUUGGCGGCUGGCGUAAUGAACCUGGCAGCCACAGGCUUUGGCCACGAGAUCGCCGCGUCGUGUCUGCGCGAUUUUCAGCACAACUUUAAUGGCAAGGACUGGGGAAAUAAUGGGCCAGGAGUAAUAACCCGUGUGGCUCAGAAGAUAUGUGGCACCAAAGAUAUUUCUCUGAUGCAGGAGGACCCAAAGCGCUGUAUGGGCUUCAAGGUAUUCGGGCGAGGCGCCUUUUACGCCGUACCCUGGAAGCAGUGGAGCGACUUCUUUGAGCCGGAAAAGCUGGAGGAAACCAUGGCCCGCUGCAAGGACUCUUAUGUUGUGCACGUGUGGAACAAACAUUCGAGCAAGCUGCCCAUAAAACAAGGAACAAAGAACGCCUACGCCAUGUAUGCCGAACAAAAUUGCCCGAGGUCGUAUAAGGCGGCGGGCGAAUACUUCUAGUUUUAGUCGUAUAAAGGGUUAUUAUGAUCAUAGUUUUUGUAUAUGAAUGUUUACCGCUGAAAACCAAAGUCAUUGCCCUUUAAAGGUGCCAUUGCAAAAUCCUUCACUACCUUUUUGCUUUUGUGCUGUUCGCAUUCGCAGCUCAAGUCAAACGGAUAAACUUUACAAUUAGUCCGAUUCCAAAUCACACCUGUGUAUGUAUUUCAAUACUGUAAUAUCAUUCGAUCAUAUAAGCAAAUGAACAACAAACAAAGACAUAUGUGCAAUGCUGUAAAAGACAGCUUAGAAUACUAAUUUGAAUCUAUAAUUUAUCUUAAGUGCAAUGUUAACUAAACUCGAAUAAGUUGGAAAAUCUUGUACAUACUUUAAUCCAAGGAACCCAUCAAGUAAAAACACUUAUUUAAGUCAUCACAAACAAA